UUUUUAAUGAUCAUGAAACACUAAAAAUCGCCUAUUUAAAUAGGAAACUUUAUAAUUUUAAGUGAUAAAUUGAUAGGAAAAGGAAGACAUUCUGUAAUUUAUGAUUGUAUUAAUGAACUUAAUAAACAAAUUCCCGUUUGUGCUAAAAUAUUUUAUAAUACUAAAGUACCAAGAUCUUUACAAAUAGAAAAACUGAAAAGUAUUAAUAAUCCAAACCUUGUAAAAUAUUAUGAAAUUUUUGAACACAAUAAUCAUUUAAUCAUAAUUAUGGAAAAGUGUGAUUCUAAUUUUAAAACAUAAAUUCAAAAAAAGCCACUAACUGAAUAGGAUACCUAUGAAUUUUUGAGAUAAUUCUUAAAAGGAUAUUAAACAUUAAUUGAUGAUGAUCUCGAUUUAAGAGAACUGAAACCAAUAAAUAUUUUAGUUAAGAAUAAGAUCUAUAAAGUAUAUGUUAUUCUAUUUUGAUAAGUUAACAAAUUAUGGUAUAUCUUAGUUGUACGAAUUAAUAGAUGGUGAAGCCAAAGCAUACUCUGCUCCAGAAGUAUUUUAUGAGAAAAAAUAAACUCGAAUUAAAGAUGUAUUUUCAGUAUUUAUUUAAUAUAAAUUUAUAAGCUUGGUUUAGUAUUGUAUUUUGGUUUUUGCAAUAAAUUGCCUUAUACAUAUAGAACAGCAGGAGAUCAAUUAUAUUUUUUUAGAUAAAUUUAACAAAAUGGGUUUGAAAUGAAAUUAGAAGUAGCAAUAAAUUAUAUUUUAAAUAGAUACCUCUAAAAAUUCAAUAAUUGAUUCAAUUAAUGAUCAUCUAUGAUACUUCAAAUAGAAUAACAUUUGAAGAUAUUAAGUUAAAAUUGGAGAUUGAGAAUUCUAUCAUUUGA